AUGAAAACUUUAGACUUUAAAAACUCAAUUGUAUAACAAAACAAUAUCAAUUCAAAUUAUGAGUUACUAAAUCAAUUAGAAGCUAGAAAACUUAAAUAAAUCAUACCCUCAAAAAAGGAUUUUGAACAUAAUUUUUAAACGGAAGUUGUCAAAAAAUAAUAAGGCUAUGUUAUUACAGAAUUAAGAGCUUAAUUAGAUGCAAAAUUAGAUAAUAUUAUACAUCUAUAACUGUGUACUUUUCAUUACUUUGAAGUACCAUUAGUUGGUCACAAAAAACCUUUAAUUAUUAGUAAAUAUUUGCUAAUUACAAUUAUAGAUUUUACUUUUACAAAUUAAGCUAAAAUGAAGUUUUACAUUUCUAGACAUACUUUAACACCUAAUAGAUUUAAUUUUGAAGAGGCAUUUCAAAGAAAAUAAGUAUUAAGAUAUACAGAGCCAGGAGAAGAUAAUAUUUUUACUACUCCAUUUUUAUAUAUGGCUAUAUUUAGUUAACAAUAAUCUAUUAUUCAUGCUAAGAUUUAAUAUGGAAUGAAAAUACAGAAACUAUAAAAAUAAGAUUAGGAAGAGAAAGAAAGACCAAUGACUGCAUUUAUGUCAGGGAGAAUUAAUAGUGCAUUGUCAAGAAAAUAAUCAAAAGACUUAAUACUUAUGAAUAUGAAUUUAAGACAAUAUGAACCUGAAAAUCAAAGAAGAUAACUAAUAAUUAAAAGAGUUUAAUCAGCUAAACGUUUUUAAGAAACAUUAAUCAACAAAUAAAAUAUUGAUUAAGAUAAAUAAGAUCUAAUUAGAGAAAAAUAUGAAUACUCUUAAAAAAAAAAGAUAAUUAAAGAUAUUUUGAAUAUUAAGGAUCAAAUUGAUUUAUAAAUUAAGGAUUAAUAAAAAACAUGGUUAACAAAUCUUUAUUCGAUAUUUAUUUGUAGAUUUAUUCGAGUUUAGUAUAUUGUAAAAACUUUUAUCAUUAACUUAGUAAAUGGCUAAUCAUAUGAUGAAUGAAGCUAUUAUUGUUAGAAAGAAACAUAGAACAAGAUUAAAUUUAAAGAAGUAUCUUACCUAAUAUGGCGAAACUAUUUAAUUAAGAACUAAAUUUCAUACUUUACAAUGUCUUUUCGUUUUUGCUUAAAACUAUCAAAAGACAGUAAAAAAAAGAGCUGAAUUUAUCUGUUUUUCAUUUAUGAAAAGUUAUGGUUAGAUUGGAGAAAUAAUUCAAAAAACUUAUAGAUUUAGACGAUUGAUAAGAACUGUAAUUGAAUCCUAUAGAAAUUACAAGAAAAGAGUUGGAGCUUAUGUAUAAAGAAUAAUUAUGCUUUGGAAUAAAUAUUGGGGUGUAAUGUAUCAUCAAAUUCAAAAGGAAGAUAUCGAAAGUAUUUAUAAUCAUGAAUAUUUUAUAGAGGUUAAAGAAAUCAAAAAGUAAAUGAACAAAACUAUUAUUAAUUUUUAAGUUGAUGAGGAAGUCAAGAAAUCACCAUAUUUAGAUGGGUACAUAUACUUAAUAAAUUUAAGGAAAUUAUAAAUAGUAAUAGUAUAGGAUUAUUAUAAAUAAUUGAAGGCUGAAUUCAUUACAAAAUUUAGGUCAGUUUAUAAAAAAGGAAAGAGUGGUGCUCGAGGAGCUUAUAUUGCUGCUUAAGGUUUUGAAAUAAAGAACCUUAAUUUAUUUAAAUGUGUUGAUAAAACUACAUUAAAAGAAUUAAUUUAUAAAUAUAUGCUAGAAAAAAGGAUGAUACAAAGUGUUUUAUUAAAAAAAUGA